AUGCCCAACUCUUCCCAGGUGCCGCAACACGUCACCACCCUCCUCUCCCACCUCACCUCGCGAGCAGGCGUGCAGUCGACGCUGAUCCUUUCACGGAAAGAUGGUUCGAUUAUUCAGUGUACGGGGUUAUUAGCAGAGAACGCGACAUCAACGCCGUCGACAUCUACGCCUACGCCUGAUCCAACGAUUAGUCCAGCGUCUCCAAACCUUACUACUAAUAAUACCACCGAACCCCUCUCGCCCACCAAUCCAACCCCCAACACAACCACAACCACAGCCUACCGACCGAGUCAAGCAGAGACGCUCGCGGCACAUAUCUUCAGCUACGUGCGCAGCGCGUCGGAGCUGAGCCUCUGCCUUUCACACCCGGGUGCAAAGCCCAGCACGACGACGACGGGCGCGAACGGCUCGCGCGAAGGGGAAAACGGGGGGGAGGUGGAAGGGGAAGAAUACGGGGAUGGAGACGGGGAGGGGGAUUGGGAAGAGCUGAAGCUGCUGCGGCUACGGAGCAAGAGGCAUGAGAUUGUGGUUGUUCCUGAUCGCAAAUAUCUCCUGUGUGUAAUUCAGGAUGGAAAGUGA